AUGGGUCACGCUGUGUCGGCAGAUCAUUGUCCCAAACACACCGUUGAGAUUCCAAGGCAUGGCACUUUGACUGGGGUUACGUUGAAGAGACCAAGUGGAAAACCAACGGUGCACAGAUUCGCAAAAGUUCCAUAUGCACUGCCACCUAAAGCAAGGUUUGGACUUCCGAUUCCUAUUCCAGAUGACUACGAUUAUACGGGGGAGUAUGAACGUUACGGGGCAAAAUGUCCCCAACCAGUAUACGAAUCAAAGGAGUUGGUGUAUGCAGAGAGUCCAAGUGAUGAGAGCAUCCAAUAUUUGAAUAUUUGGGUUCCUGCAUCAAACAAGUAUCGGCCACAAAAUGGAUGGCCUGUUUUGGUUUACAUACAUGGCGGUUGGUUACAGUAUGGAGAUAUAAAUAACGAAUUCUUCAACAGCGUUGAGCUGAUGGAUGAUGAACAUUUCAAGGAAAAGUACAUUUUUGUAACACCGGCUUAUCGCUUGAACAUCUUUGGGUUUCUUACAUGCAACCAGUUGGAACAUAAAAACAUGGGAUUUUGGGACCAAAGAGAAGCUCUGAAAUGGGUCCACAGGUUUAUUGUUCAUUUUGGAGGUGACCCAAGCAAAAUUACAUUGUCCGGGCUCUCUGCUGGUGCCUACUCUACAUUUUUCCAACUAGCGUAUGAGCUUUACCACCCUAAUGAGGAGCAGAUUAUUAAACAAGUUAUUUUCCACUCUAAUAUGAUUUUAACACAACCCAAAUCAAUAACGGAAUGCAAAGCACAGUACAGUGAGAUUGUUGAUAAGUUAGGAAUUGGUGAAUUGAACCCACAACAACAGUUGCAAAGGCUACAAUCGCUAGAUUACAAAUUUUUAGAGAGGUUCAUCCCCACAUUAAACCUUCAUACAUUUAGAGCGGUAACUGAUGAUGAUUUUGUUUCAUCAACAACCAUAUUGGAUAUAAUGAACGGGAAAUUUUCAGAGCUGCUAGUUAAGAAAGGUGUUCGUAUCAUGCAUGGAGAAGUCGAUAAUGAAGGCUACUUAUAUUCAUUGUUGAACCCGCCUGUCUCAGUAGAAGAGUUCCAGCUACAAGUUGAAAAUUAUUAUCCACGGGAGGUAACCCUGGAACUGAUGGAAGUCUACAAUGUUGUGAGUGCCCCCGAAACAAAACUGUCAACACUGUUUGGUAAUGUCAUUGGCGAUGGACAAGUGUAUGUUUCUACAAGGGGAUUUAUCAACAACAUUGUCGAAAACGGCUUCCCUGCUAAGGACUAUUUCCGUUACCGGAUUGCAUAUCGUGGUAAGUGGCUAGACAAACACUUGUCACCGGAGUUGAAAGUUACACAUGCGCACGACAAGCCCAUCUGGUUUUAUGCGCUUAGAGCUGGGUUUACAGAGAAGGAAAAGGCAAGGUUAGACGAAUUCUUGAUACCCUACCUAGAAUUUCUCAACUUUCAUGAUGACAUUAAAGGAUGGGAGACAAGUAAUGCACGCAAGUUACGCUUAUUCAAAAGUGACGGUUCCAUUGUGUAUGAAGAUGAUGUGGAUUGGGAAAGAUGUACACAAAUUGCCAAAAAGCUUUAUGAAAAGCAACUAGAUUAA